AUGGUUUUGCGGCUGCGACCGAGGGGCCGCCCGCCGCGCAGCGCCGCGGAGAAAAGGAGACAGCAGAAGCGAGAGCCUGGAGCGCAGGAGUGUCUGCCUUUCAGGAGGCCCCCGCGGAGGCGGCAGCGUUCAGACGCGCAGUCGCAGUCUCCCUCCUUCGCCUCCGAGGCCUGCAGAGCGAGCGGCGGAGUGUAUGCGAACCUGCAGGGUGGAGACGAGACGCGACCGGCGGAGUCGUCAGCAACGGCGUUGUGCGUUUCGCCUCUCUUUUUGCGGUCCUCCCGCAAUUCCUCUUCCUUCUCUUCAUCUCCCUCCUCUCCAGUAUCCCCACGCGCGUCUCCUCGUGCCUCACUUGCUCGUCUGUCGCCGCCUUCCUCAGCUGUCGCGUCGGGUUCGGCCCCUGCGUCUGUGGAGGGUCUCUGUCGAGGCGCAGCAUCGGUUUCUGUCUUCCAGUCGCCCUUUUCCUCGCUUGCCUUCCGCACCCGGCUGCCGUCGUGUUUUGCUGCUGCUCUGCUUGAGCGCGCCGCUGCAGCUCUCUCGCCUGCCGCGUCUGCUCCCUGGCGGCGUGCGCAGACGCGCGCCUUCGCGUCGGCUGUGGGUGAGCGGCCGCUGAGCGCUGGCGCCGCGGACUCGCUCAGUCUGCGCGGCAAGAAAGGCGACCCUGACGGGCGAAAUCUCGGCGAAGCGACCUCGUCUGUCGGACUGGCGCCGGCUUCGGCGCCGCCCACGACGGCGUCGUCUCUGGGUGUUUCGACGCCCCCAGCAGGACUGGACGGCACCCCGCCGCCGGCGCUGGGCGAUGACUUGGAGGAGGCCAUCAGGCGGCUGUAUCGCCUGCGAACCUCCGUCUUCGCCCGCGCCUCGUGCGCCGUGCGACGCCGCCCUCCUCUCGGCUGCGCGCCUUCGCAGCGCGAAGCGAUCUUCGGCUGCCUGCUUCACCAGGCGCCGACACUCACGCAGCUCCUCGUGGAGUUGCGCACCGCGCUCCUCAAGGCAGAGCGCUGCCUUCUGUUUGGCGCAGCACGCCCUCCCGCUCCCCCCAGUCCUGCCUCUGUGCCUGCGCGCCCCUCGCCCGCGGCGGCUUCUUCUCCCCCCGACCCACAUCCCACUGUCCCCGCUGCGGGCGCUUUUUCUGUUUCUUCAUCUUCCUCCGCUGAGACCGCUCAACGUCCUCCUCUCGAUUCGCCGCGUCAGCUGUCUUCUCGCCAUCCUGGAUGCGUUUCUGCUGCAGAGGGCGCACCUCCGGUCGGCGACUCCGCCGGCGCGUUGCAUGUGGCGCGGCGGCAGCUGUGGUGCGACCUCGCGCGCGUGGCCUCCGUGCUCACGACGCUAGGCAAGUCGCUGCCUCUGCCGCCCUCCGCCGCCGCAGACGCCGGCGGCGAGCGAUUCGCGCCGGCGGAUCUGGAGCAGGCUCUCGACGAGCUCCUUGCGCGCCUCGCCCACGUGCUGCCUGCUGCGGCCGAGGCCGUGGCCGCAGAGGGGGACGGUGAGCGGCGCCCGUGCCGCGUGGAUCAGGCGCGAAGCUCGAGCGAAGCAGCGGCUUCGUCUGUCCGCGGCGGCGCAGGGCUCGAUGUGCCUUCGGCUGCGGCUGCGCCGAACCGCGGAGACGCCCUGGGCGCCGCUCCGCGGGUUCGAGCCCUGCAUGACCUGACGCUCGCCUAUGCGCAGCUCGUAACCUCCGUCCUUGCGGUGGCGUCUCGCGCGCCAGCUGUCGACGCGGACGCUUCGCUGGCUGCGGCCCUCCACGCCGUCGCCUGGUUCGCCCGCUUGCUGCCUUGCCCAACAGCGGCUGCUUCGCCCGCGGCGCAGCCUGCAGAGUUCCCGGCGGCUCCCUUGGCGCUUCUGCUCUCCCCCUGGGCACCCGGGGCGUCCGCGCGGCAGCUGCUUCCCUUGUUCUCCUCGGCGCCCAUGGCGGGCGCCAUCCAGGAGUUCUUGCAAGCGGCUCGCGCGGGGCUUCCGGCGCUUGUCGCCGCGGCACAGGCCUCCGUUCCGCGGCUGAGCGACGCGCGGCUCACAGAUCUAGUCUGGGCGAUCACGUCGCUCAAAGACUUCCUCUGCAGCAGCGGCGGCCGCGAGGGCCCCCAGCAUUGCGCGUCGGCAGGCGCAGCGGCGGCCGGCCUCCACGAGCACGAGGCGUUCGUCAACGACCUCCCAGCAGCCAGCGCAGGCGCAAAGAGCUUGCAGGAGGCGCUCCCCGCGUCCUGUGCGGCUCUCGCGGCGCACGCCCCGGUCUCCGGCUUCUCCCCCGAGGCGUUCCUUCAGGCCGCCGCGCGCCGCUCAGCUGAGCUCGGAGAAAGCUCUGCGCCUGAGCGCACUGUCGCGCUGCUGAGGGCGGCGUGCGUCUUCUCUUCGUUCCCGCGCGCGCUGUUUGCGCGCUUCUCCGCCAGCAUCUUGGAUGCCGAGGCCGCGGAGAACCCGGCGCGCGUACAGAGCCUGCCGCUGGCGGCGCCUAGGGCUGCGGACGCUCCGCCGGCGACCCAGGAGUCCUCCGCGGCUCCUCAUCUGCAGCGCUCGGCGGCCCCGCACUCCGGAGAGGAGCCGGUCCGCGGCGGUGGGCGCGGGCGUCUCCUCGAGGCCGCAGGACCCGCAGCGACCUCCGCGCUGCUCUGGGCCUACGCGCGUUUCCUCACUUCGGCGUCGCCCGGCUCGGCGGAACUUGCGCCUGAGGCCGCGAGGCUUCACCGCGCCGCGUUCUACGCCGCCCUCGGCUACGAGCUCGCGCAGCUGCGACGUCAGCCCUGGCGGCACCGAGACUGUGCGAAGGCGGCGGGGCUUUUGAGCCAGGCGUGGACUGCGCGGGCGGUUUGCUCGAGCUGCUGGGCUGCCAGUCGCGUGCUGGAAGUGACGCCUGCCUCUGAGGGCGUUUGGCGGCGUCUGGCGGCGACGUUCGUCCGGGAGGCUCUGGUCGCCUGCGUGCCGCCCUCGCGGGGCGCCCCCACCGGCGGCCUCGGGCUGGACUUCAAGCUCACAGGAGGGCCGUUUCUCGACUUGAUGAAUCUGCUGGAGGCGUGCUCGCGCUGCCGCGUAGUCUCGCUGCCACUUCUCGACUUCGUCGCGGAAGGCCUCGCCCGCCGAGAGGAGGCCCUGGGCUCUAGUGGGGCGAGACGGCGUGAGAGCGGCUUCGCGGAUUGCCCGCCGCGCGCCGACGUUCAAGGAGUAUACUCAGCCCGCGAGGUCUCUGCCGCCGUCGCGCUACUCGCAAUGCUUUCGCGUCACUACUCCUUCGCGCUGGAGCACCGCGCGGAGGUCGUCCGGCGCAGGCAGCGCGCGCCGUGUCGAGAGCGAGGCGCGCGCGGCGCGAGCCUCGAGGCGACGGCGGAAGCUCGGCGUGGCGCGGACAGCGGCGUCGCGACGGCUGACGCGGCGGUCGCCAGGAUCGACGAGGGGCGGAGGCGGCUCGUCCGCCUCCUCUUGGGGCAUUUGCACGUCGUGAGAGGCAGCGACCUGCCCAACUUGCUCUGGGCUCUCGCCAGCUGCCGCCACCAGGAUCGGAUUUCCUCCGCCGCCGGCGCAUGCGUGCGUCCGCGUUCCCACCUCCCGAGCGGAGCCGCCCACGGCGCCGCGCCGGCGUCCACGCACGUGCUCGAGGCGCGGCGCGAUGACGCCGAUGCGCGAGGGUCUGCUGAGGCGGAUUCGAGUGCUUGCCGGGAGGAGACGCAGCUGCUGGGGCGGGUGCUGGUCAGGCUGCGCGACCAGCGCCGCGUGUACGCGCCGGCACACGUGUCGCGGCUGGUGUGGUCUCUGACACGGCCCGAACUCCUUCACGCAGCCGCCGCAGAGGGUGUCCCUCCGAGCGUCGUCGGCGGCCUCCUCGACGCGCUGUUGCUGUCUCUGCUGCCGCCCCCAGCGCCACACGCGUCGUCGCCCGCCGCCGCGUGGGCUGGCGAGCGGCAGGUGGGGCUCGUGGCGCGCGCCGGCCCUCUCCCUCGCGGGGGCGCAGCGGGAGGCGACGCGGACUGGGAGCCCGGUCGAGAGUCCGCGUCGCUUCCGCUUCUGUCGACGCUUGGGCUCGAGCGUCUGUGCAACGUGCUGGCGUCCUAUCCCUCCUUCAGGGACGCGGAGUACGCGAGCGUGAAGGCCCGGUUUGUCAGCGAGGCAGUGGACGAGCUCCUGCGCCUCUUUUGUCUCGUCGCUGCGCGGCACGCAGCCGCCCAGGCGCGCGAGUCCUCCGCGGCGGCUCGCGACCGCGAGCCGCCGCUGCUCUUGGGGCACAUCCGGUGCCCUGCGGUCCACCUGCCUGCGGCGUCGCCGGCGCUGCCGCAGCUGCUCGCGGAGGCCGCGAGACUCGAGACGCUCGCCGGCGUUGUCUGGGCUCUGCAGGCGGUGAACCGCCGGCACGCGCUCUUGGUGGCGCUCGUGAUGCAGCAAGCGACCGGCGCCCUCCGCCGCCUCACCGAGCUGCAGUGGGCGGCCGCAGGCGGAGGUGGAGAUGGCAGCGGGGGCGAAACGAGGCGCGAAGUGGGCUGUGUUUCGCCUUCUUCCGCGCCUGGCACGGAAGCUGCGGACCUGCCGCCUCCCCCCCCCGCGUGGAGUGUGUCGCGCCUCCUCAUGACGUGUCUCGCCGCCUGCUCGAAGCUGCGCUGCGAGCUCGCCCCGGAGUUCUUCCACGCAUGCGCGCGCUACAUGGCCGGGCUGCGGGGCUUCGUCGCGCAGGCGCUACCGACGCAUGCGGAGCCCGGAGGGGGGGGCGGGGGGGGAGCCGGCGCUGGCGCGCGAGGGGGAGAGCGGCCGCGCAGCGCAGACUUGCAGACUGCGCUGCAGGUGCAGGACAUCCUGGCGGCGGAGGGCUGGUCGGUGUGGACGCUUGCCAACUUUCUCUCGGCCUCGACGGCCUGCGGAGGCACCGACCCUCGCGUCCUCGCGCCCGUCUCGAGCCUUCUCGCGCUCGCGCUCUUCGGGAGAGACGUGACGGCGUGUGCGGCGGAGGCCCGGAGCCGAGCGCAGCGCGACGCGGAGAGCGACGCAGCAGCCCGCGAGUCUUUCAGCCGGACUGAGCGGUGCGCCGCGGCGGCGGCGUGUGGAUGCGAACCCGCAGACAGCGAGAGGGCUGAGGCAACUGAGGCAGCGGAGGCCGCCGGUUCCCGCGAGCCGCUUCUGCCCGUCCUCCUCGCUGCCCAGAGUUCAGACAUUCCGCGCUCGAUGGCGCUUCUGCUUGCCUCGUUGGCGCGCGCGCGCUGCGCCGCAGACAAUCCACUCUUUCCGCUUUUGCUGCGCGUCGCGGCUGAGCUGACCGCGAAGGAGCUUGUCGCCGCUCAGGUCUGGACGGCCCGCGAGCGAGAGGAGCUCGCGGCGGGGCGCGCAGACGCCAAGCCUCUCCUGCUGCGGCUGACGCAGCUCGGCGAGCCCUCAAUCGAGAGCUGUCUCUCUUCAACCUGGAGCUCAAGUGUCUACUCGAGUUUCCUCGACUUUGUCGUCGCGUCCGCCGGGACGGAGGAGGAGGCCGCGGCGGCGCGAAGGGGGGGUGCUUCGGCGCCCUUCUCUGCGGCGCCGCCAGCGCCGGGCUCUCGCGGCGCGUCCCCCGGCUCGCCUCCUCCCUGUCUGCUGGCCGCGCAUGCGCACCUGUUGACCGGGGAGCACAGCCCCACGCCGUCGCUGCCUGCCUCGCUCGCGGCGCUGGAGCGUGCCUGCGUCUCUGCAGCCGCGUCUCUGGGGGUCGCGCCGUUCAUUCUCGAGGUCUGGCGCGUCCUGGGGCCGCUCGCGACAGUCCCGCUGCAGUCGGCGCUCCAGCGGCGCGCGCGCUGCGCGUUAGAGUCGCUCCUCGACACCUCGCAGGUCGACGUGUUUGAGGAGACGCUUCUACCGCCCCCGCUGACUGCUUUCGUGGACAUUCUCCUCGUCCACCGAGCGUCGCAGCGUGCGCUGGUCGUCGAGAUCGAAGGACCGAGCCACUUUUCCUGCUGCGUGCGGGCUCCCAGACCCGCACCGGGGCAGCCCUCCACCACCGGCGCCCUAGGGCGCCGCGAGGCUCCUGGGGGCGGCGCGCCGACCGGCGCAGCUGCGGAUCGUGUUGAGGCUCUCGAGGGCGGUGCGGCCUGGACGACGAAGGAGAUCUACUUGUCGGCACCGGGCGGCGAGCUCUCAGCCCCCGUUGCGUACUCGUAUGACGCGAAGACGCGGCAGAAGCGCGCGCGGUUGCAUGCGGCGGGCGUCGCCUGUCUUUAUCUGCCGUUCUACGCCUUUCCGCCCUGGCAAAGCUCGUCGGCGCUGCUUUCUUUCCUGCGCGCGGCUCUCCCGCCGGAGUGGCUGAGGCAAGCGGGAAGCGCCCCGGCGUUGGCGCCGCGGGUCACCGGGGGCACCAGCCCCGCGGAGAAGCCCCGGGAGGCGACGUGGAUGCAGCGCACCCCUGGGUAUCGCGUGGCCGCGCGCCCGUUGGGCGGUCUGCGGCUCGAGACGCUCCUUUGCCGCGCAGAGGGCGGAGGGUCACGCGCCUCAGUUGGGGCGUCAGGGGUGGCUGAGAGCCUGGCAAACUCGGGCAGGGGGACCCUCGCCGGUAAGGCGCCUCUAGAUGCGCAGCGCGUUCGAGGCAGGAACUUCACUCCCUCCUUGCGGCAGUCGCUUCCUCCGCUCGGGGCUUGCCUCGAGGCGAGCGGGGGCGCGCGCCCUGCGGCGCCUUUCUGGAGGCGCUUCAGCGCACUCGCGCGCGUGUCCUCAACGACAGAGUCAGCCACCUGCGGAGUGAAAGCCAGUCGGCGCUCAGCAGUAGCCGAUGAUGCAGAGGAGGCAGGCGCGGACACCGUGCGAAGCGCUCCGAGCCACAGCGCCGGCUGGCGUGACGACGCAGGCGAAGGCUCUUCUGGGGCUUCGUCCAGCUCAGCCGCGCCCUCCCACGUCGCGGACUCGCCGCCAGCGUGUCUUCCUGCAGAGUCUCCGCUGCCGUGGUGGCUGGGCGAGGAGGCGGAGCGGCGCGCGCGAGCGAGUCUCGCCGCAGGCAGCCUGCCGCGCCUCGCCUUCGCCGAAGAGGGAGCCGUGGAGGACAGGGGCGACGCGGGCGCCAGGUGGUCGGGCGCGGCUGUCUGCAGUGCGAGCCUCCGGCUGAGUCCUGCUGACGAGGAGUUCCUUCUGCAGCAGGCCACGCGCUCCUUCCGCUCUCCAGCGCGGGAACGGAGGGCGCGCGCGGCCGCUCGCGCGCGCGAAGCAGCCUCCCCAGGCAGUUCUGCGGCAGCGACUUCCGCCCUACCCGAAGAGAGCGCCGGUGGAGAGCCCACCAGCGAGGCCGGCGAAGAUCAUCUUCUCGAGCUCCCUCCGCUGGAUAAGUCCCUUCUCCCGCGCGCCCUCGCUUUUCAGAAGCGACUGGAGGCCCUGUUUGCGAGCCCCCGGCGGUUCUCCCUUCACCUGCAGUGGCUGCAUGCGCUCGCGACUGAGCGGCAGCUCCACUUGGAGCGGCUCGGGUAUCCGCAGCCGCAGCUUCAGCUGCAUCCGCGCGCACGCGCUGGCGGCGACGGCGAAGACGAAGACGAGGGCGCGCGGGCAGCUCCCCCGGCUGGCGCGCGUCCCGGCGAGCCGCACGCAUGGUCGCAAGCCUCGCGCCCGUUUUUUCUCCUCACGCAUCAACCUAUGAUUUACGUCGUUCUCUCUGUGGCUGACCCGCGUCUGUGGCUUUGGGCGGCCUGUCCGCCAAACCAGGCGCCCGCCUUCCACUUCCUGCAUCUGCUGGACGAGGCUGCGGCUCCUCUCGACUUGGCGCCGCGCCCGCCAGCCACGAAGUCGCCGCGGGAGGCGACGUCCGCGGCGAGGGAGCGGCGGGAGACACUCGAGCCGCAGUUUGUUGCGGACUGUCGCUUCGAGGGCUUUGUGGUUGGGCAGACACUCCACUCGGGUCGCUACGGGCACCAGCGCGUCGCGCAGCUGCUGGCUAAGUGGCGAAGGGAGCAGGGCGCGCGCGGCGAGAGCCUCGUGCUGUAUCCGCUUGAGCGGCUGCCGUGUGAGCACCGGCGCGCGCCGUUCCACGCCCUCGCAGAGGACAGGCUGCAGGUCUGGAAGCAGCUGCUCACGCCGACCACCCUCGGGGCGACCCGCGGCGGCGGGAUGACGAGGGCGGAGCGCACAAAACAGGGCUCAGGGCUCGCGCGGCUGCUGCUCCCGCCGCCGCGCCGGCCGCAGAGCUGGGAAGAGCCCGAAGACGGCGAGUCUGCGGCGCCGGGCGAACAAGCUGGCGUGCCUAGCUGUUCGCGCGGCAACGAAGAAAACGCCGCGCGAGCCGACGCUGCGGCUUUGCUAGGCUGCAACUCUGGAGGCGUGGAGCGGGGCUGCUUUCUGCUGAAGGGGAACGGCCUCUAG